GCAAGGGGCGGUGUCUGGCAGACUGAUAGAGGAGCUGGUGCCACACAGCCUCCACUUUUACGCAUCAGUUGUUUGUGUCAAGGUGUCAAUGCUGAGUUUAACUUGGAUUUGGAUUUUAGACAGAAAUUACGACAAGGGUCUUUACAUCGUAACUCAGUUUUAAGCUCCAUCCAAAGUGAAGCAUACACCAGCGGAGUGUGUGUGUGUGAGUGUGGAUCCAGAAAAGUUUCCGUCAUGGGAGCGCAUGGAUCAGCGCGUCUUGUGUUUGUCGUCUGUGGAUAUUUAGCGUUUUUCUUCGGGGAACUUGUUCCGCGGGCUGAGGCGGGCUGCAGGGAGAGGGAGAGCCCAAACUGCUGCACCGGCCGGAACAACGAAUGUUUUGAAUACAGCAAGAGAAAAACAGUGUGCUACUGUGAUACCUACUGUCAGAAAACCGGGGACUGCUGCGAGGACUAUCAGCGCGUGUGCCAAAUAUCUGCAGCCAUUGACUGUGUGGUGGGAUCUUGGGGUCCAUGGUCAUCAUGCACAGCUCCGUGUGGAGUGGGCAGCACAGAGAGGAGUCGCCUAGUGUCUGUUCCUCCGAGAAACGGAGGCACGCCCUGUCCUGACCUCAAACAGCGUCGAGGAUGCUUUGGAAACAACGCCAUAUGCAGCACUGCCAAAGAGGUGGCAAAGAUCCUGCCUGAUUCUUUCAAGAGGAACUUCAAGGACCCUUGGAGACGACCACACAUGCUGAUGAAGGAGGAGAAGGCCAGUUACUGUGUGUACCUGCGGGUGAAGCAGGCCAGUGCAGCGUGUAAACUCAAACUGUGGAGCGCUCAGCUGGUGAGAGAGAGGCUGGUCUGUGCCGAGUGUCAGAGUGAUGCCAUGUCAAAGUCAAACCGCUGCGGAGGAGACGGCUUAGAAAGUACCCGAACGUUCUGGGCGGCGGCUUCAGUCCCGGGCUGUCAUGGUUCCUGGGUGCGGGAGUCGUCCUCUGAGGGAUGUCGCUGUCCUCCCUACUCUGUGCUCUUCGUGUGAGCCCACAUGCAGUUACCAGAUAUCCGUACGCAGGGACCAGACUUCCCUCCGCAGCCCAAGGCCAGACCCUCCGAUCCAGAUUACUGGAUGGGUAACUCUAGGAGAUCAGCAGCAUCCUGCCACUUUUUCCUUUCACCUCAUAACUACUGUAUACACACACUCUGUACUGUAUUGACUAAGCACACAGACAUUCUUGCAUUCAUCUUCAGAUAUUACAGCCACAUUGUUUCCUUCAAAUCACAACAUCUAUAUGCCUUUUUACCUCUAAAUCUUUGCUAUCUACCUCCAUCAAUGCAAGUGCAUUUGUUAAUGCAUAAUGUAUAAAUAUAUAAAUAUAUAAUUUAGCUUUAUACAUUUUCUAUUUUUGAUUGUUUAUGUGUUAUGUAUAUGCGUCUAUAUAGCUACACUUAUUAGUCUCAAACAGUUAAAACACUAAACAGCAGUUGCUGCACCCAGUUUAGCCCCAGCCAGGAUAAUCACCUGCAGGCUGGAGAUGCGGAAAACUGGCUCAUCCAAAUUGUAGAUGCUAGAAUCCUUAAGUCAAUAUAUCUGUGUCCUACAGUUUUGUCCCUGUUAUUAUUUCCUUUAAACAAAAAAAACCAUUUAUACCAGCAAGUCAGUUGAAUAUCAGGUAUUGAUUCUCAGGUGCUGAGAUGUAUGUCUUUGUCUCCCAUUAAGUCCCUUUUUCCUAUCCGCCUCCAUCUGAUGAUCAGAUGUGUUAGUAGCUUUAAAGAUGUUUUUAGGUUUAGUUUGAAAGACUAAUGGCAUCUGUUUAUACCUAAUGUUGUUGGAGAGGGAAAAGAGCCAUUUAAGAGCAUUUCACUGUGGUUCUCUCUGUCCUCUGUAUCCAAGACAGAAACAAAUUGCUUCUUAACUCUGUUUUCUCUCGCUCCCUGCCCUGCUCAGUCAUCUUACAUCACAAGGGAGUUUUUUUUAUUAGCAACGUGUCAUCCAGUAAACUACAGUAUCGCAUAUAGCCAUGUUACUCCCAUUUUAUUCAUUAGCGGAAUCUCCUCUCGGCGCUCCCCACAGAUCUGAUCUGCACUUCUUUUCUCUCUCUGCCCUUUACUGACUCAGGGUCAGUCAGCUGGCUCAGUACACCUUCUCUUGCACUUCUGCUUUGAGAAGAGGACACAUUUAGUCCCAGUAAAGGUUUUUCUGUGUCUGUGUUUGUGUGUUUAUUUAUUGUAAAACAAGUGAUGAUAUUAUAGUGCAGCACAACAUACUCUGUACACUGUCCAUUAGUGAAAAUAAACAACUAUACCUUCA